GGUCUAUGACGCAAAGUUAUUCAUAUUUGUGACUGUAAAAUUGUUCUUGAAUUUAUAAUAUAUUUGCGAAACUAUGUUUUCAUUAAGUUGGAAAGAAAUUAUUUAAUCAAAAUGUCGUCUAUAAAUGAACCUGUGUUGAACAUUAUAGUGGUGGGCUUCCACCAUAAGAAAGGUUGCCAGGUGGAGCAUUGUUACCCCGAGUUGGUUGCCGGCCGUCCCUCGGAACUUCCACCUGCAUGGCGCUAUCUACCAGCUUUGGCUUUACCAGAUGGAUCUCACAACUAUCUUUCUGAUACAAUAUUUUUUAGCCUACCAGGAUUGACUGAACCAGCACAUACAGUUUAUGGUAUAUCCUGUUUUCGACAGAUACCAUUGGAACAAGUGGCCCAAAAAACAGAAGAUAUGACAAGGAGUUCAGUCCAAAAAAGCGUCUGUGUGAUAUGUCGAGUGCCUCUCUUUGGUCGUCUUGCUGUGAAAAUGGAGUUAGUUGUUAGAGCAUGGUUCUUGCAGGGUGAUUUUUCACAGACAAAACUUCUUGAGGAUGCCUUUAAACAUCUUAAUAGUUGUCCAGUUCAAAUAGAUCAAGCUUUUGAGGGUUUUUCAGUUCAAAAAUUAGUAGAAAGUUGGCGACAUAAAGCGUUAUUGCUAUUUAAAUUGUUACUAUUGAGAAGAAAAGUUCUUAUAUAUGGAUCCCCAGCCGGUGCAUUGUCAGCAGCUUUGUUGACGCUUAUAUCUCUCAUGCCACGCUGCUUAGAAUAUGGAUUAUCUCAAUCAGCAAAUGUUGUGCUCUCAAGGCCAUUAUCUCCAAUUCCUCCUGUGAUACAGGAGGAUAAAAAACUAGAUAUUGCUGAUACAGAUUCUUUUAAAGAGCCUCUUGUUAAUGGAUCAAAUCAAUUAGAUGAAGAACUGUCCCCAAAAGAGACUGGAAACAUGUUGGAAGAAAAAGAUAGAGUCAGCAGACAGAGCUUUGAUGAGUCAAUAUUAUCAGAUGUUGUUGACCGUCAAGAAUUAUCAAGUGGGAGAGAAAAAUGCCACAGCAUUGGGGAAAAAUAUAAAAUACAGAAGUCAGUGGUGGAAUCUCAGCAAAGUCCUACUAUGGCCAGGGAUAUGAGCGUUGAUGGAUUAUACAACUUAACUGGUCAGAUUGAUCAAACUGAAUGUGGAUUCCCAUUGCCAUUGUUUGAGGAUGGAUAUAUUUGCUUACCCUAUUUAUCGCUCCAAUAUUUAGAUUUAUUGUCUGAUCCAGCUGUGCAAGGGUUCGUCGUUGGUGCAUCUAAUGUACUGUUCAAGCAGAAGAGGCAAUUGUUUGAUGUAUUAGUAGAGGUCAAUGAAAUGAGGAUAGAAACCGCAGAUAUGAGCCUCAGGAGGCAGUUAACUCUUGGCACAGAAGAUCUUCGAUUUGCAGACCAUGUAGUGCGUCAUGCUUCUACUCAAGGUGACACUUGGAUAAGAGAUCAAUUUGCUAGUUAUUUAAUUUACUUAUUAAGAACGUCACUCUUGCCAGAGGGAAGUAGGGAAAUCGAGUCUUAUAAUACCCAAUUUAUGGCUGCAUUUAAAUCAACGCCGGCGUAUGAAAAAUGGUUAAAAGAGACAAACAAUGCAGAAAUUGAAUCCUUUAUAAAUCUCACUCCAAUGCACCCCUUCUCUGGACAGUUGUCGGUAGCCGAUAUGAAGCUAAAACUGGCACACACGAUGUCGACGACGGAGGGUGGGCGCAAAGUGUCGGCGGCGGUGGCCAGCACGGGGCGCGCGGUGGCCAGCACGUCGCGCGCGGUGGGCGGCGCGCUGUCGCACGCGCGCGGCGCGUUGUCGGGCUGGUGGAGCGCGCUUACCGCGCCCGCGCCCGCCGCGCUGGACGGCGCCGACCCGUGCGACGCGUCCGACGCGGACGAAUACGAGCACGACAGCGAGGACAACAGGCGCCAUCCCGACGCGGAGGCGGAUCCGCCCGACAAGUUCAUCGAGGACGAUACCGCCACGAGUAUUAGUAAAAUACGAGUCAUUUGAAGUGUGAUACUUAAAUUAGUCAAUUGUUAAAUCGUUCCCUGACGUCGUGUAAGUGUAGCUACUUUAGUUUAAUGUCGCUUCCGACUACUCCACAGUGUGAUUAUGAAUCUUCAUAAUUUUUUGUUUUAAUUUUUUUAUACAAAUUAUAGUAAUCACUUAUCUAGUUAGUUGUACAGCCAGUUAGUAAUGACAAAGUUUAAUUUAUAUUUUUAAUAACUAAAAGAAAAACUGAAUCGUAAACUUUCAAUUAUGGUACCUUGUAAAUACGAAAUAGUUCGAUUUUUUAUAAAUACAGUAAAGUGCGACGCGUAAAUUAAAAUCUGUUAAACAAUCCUUUAUAAAACCACUAAUAGUGCUCUGUACUUAAAAAAAUAUGCCAAAAGAAAUAAAUUAACUCCGUAAUCGAAAUAUUUGUAUAACGAAGAAAUGAUUAAGUGCUAGCCACUUUUAUUAAGUUAUAAUGUGAAGAGAUUAUGUUUUAUGUUGAUUUAAUUGUAUUUUUUUACUUGAAAAAAUUGUUAAAAAUUAUUUACAUUUAAUUUGCCAUAGUUGUUAAUAUUGAAUAUUAUUUAAAUCCGUGUAAUGUUUAUAGUAAGCAUACCAGAAAUUUUAAAUAUCAUAAUUGGUCUGAAGUGUUAUAACUAAACAUCAAAAUUUAAGAAAGCUAAUUGCAUUUUUCACAUUAUACGUAUAUAUGUAUAUUAGAAAAAAAAUGAAAUAUUAACGGCGAAACAUUUUUAAACUAUUUGUAUAUUUCAAUUAUCGAAUAAUAAUUUAGAUCGGAAAGCAGUUAGUGUUAUAAAGAAAUGCUUAUAAUUAAUAUGGUCAGUAUUUCUAGUGACGUAUCUCUCUUUUUAAUAAUUUUAGUAAGCCUUGUGUUGACAUAAAAUUGGCGAAACAAUAUAUCAAAUUAGUCACAAUCUGAAGUUGUAUAAAUAUGUAAAGGGAAAUUAUUAGAUAACUGAUGUAUAGUUAUAACAUAUUUUUAUAACGACCAUUUUACAGGGAAUAACUUAGUGUUAAAGUUUUAAUUCAAUGAAAUUAUACCUUUCAACAUGCGUGUACUCUUCAUUUCUGUAUCUGCAGAAUAUAUAGUAAUAUAAGUUUUGUUAUUUAUAAUGUAGACAUGUAGUGAUUCCGCUCGUAUGUAUAAUUUGUG